AUGGCUCCGCAAUCCCCCAUAGAGUCAAGCACAAAAAGCAAAGCCAAACAAAUCCGCAACCCCCGCCGACUGCUCAUCCUCUCCCCGGCCGCGCAAUCACAAACGCUCAUCCCCUCUCUUCUAAAACAGCUGACCGGUCACUCGCCAUCGGAAACGCAAAUCCAGACCCAGAGCUUCGCGGGGUAUACGACGCAUCCGCCGCUGCGGAUUGAGAAUCGGUAUUAUACCGCCGAGGUUCCGGUUUGGGUUGAUGAGAUUCCGGUCUCUACGCGUGCGUCUACGAAUGUGAAUACGAAUGGCGAUGGUGCAGAACAGGCAGCGGGACUCGGGUCUGCGGACAAGGAGGAGGAUAUAUCCAGUACAACGUCGGAAUCGCAAAAGAUAUCUGAAGGAGGACAAGGACGGAAGGGGGAGAACCCCUCCGCAGAAUGGUCUCGCGAGUUCACUGGCGAGGAGGCGCGCGUUGUCCGUGAUGCUAUUGGCGCGGUAAUGAUCUGCCUCCGGAAUCCACAACCGAGUUCGAAACUACCGAAUCCCGAGGGCGCAGAAAUACCCGCUGAUGAAGACGAAGACUCGGAGGAAGUGCGCGGGUCAAAGGCAUUCAUCCGUGCUGUCGGGACCGUCCGCUCACUGAUUGAGGAGGAACGCGGGGAGAUCGGCUCUGUGCCUGGGUUAUUGGUUCUCGGUGGGAAGAAGGAGAAGAAGGAGAAACCGAAGAUCAGUGGAAUUCGGGAGGACGAUCUGGAUCUGGAUGCUGGGCUGGACGAGGCUCUGGAUGAGCCGUUCUCCAUCGGCUGGUGGGAGGACCAGCUGUGCGAGAUGGGACUGAUAGGGUUUGAUGUUGUAGAAUGGGAUUGGACGCGGGAUGACCAAGUAGAAGAGCGGAAUCAGUAUGGGGAACUUCAAGGUAUGCGACGGGUUAAGGAGGUCCUCGAAACGCAUGAAUGGGCUGGGAAUGAAGAUGAAGAUCUUGAGACGGGCCUUCCAGACGAUGACGAUGACCUGGAGCGUGGGCUCCUUGGGUUGGACGAAGAAGCCAGCGGGUUCAAUAACGAGGUCGAUGAGCUCCAGAGGGAGAUGGUGGGCUUGCGAUUUGCCAUUGAGCGAGGCGGAGAUGGGAAUAUUGACGACGACAAUGAAGGAGACGAGGAGCUCCAGGUCGAUGCCGUCGAGGCGCUCUUGACGCGCAUGAGAGCAAUCAAAGAUAUGAGUGAUGAGUUGCCGGAGAAAGAGAGAAAGCGAUUUGCAGCAAAGGCUGUGAGGGACAUCAUGAAGGAGAUUUAA